AUGAAGAAACUUACCUGGUUGCUAGGGGCAUGUCUGUGGUUGCUAUGCAUUACAGAGGUCUGGACAGCAACAUUCAAGCUGGCCCUGGUUGGUCCAUGGUCAUGUGACCCAAUGUUCUCCCGAGCAAUGCCAACAGCAGCAGCCAAUCUGGCAUUGUCACGGUUACGAAGUGACAGUGACCUGAGCCGAGGAUAUUGGUAUGAUGUGAAACUUCUCGAUGAGGAUUGCUCCGCCUCCAAAGCUCUGAUGGAAUUUGGGGAGAUGGAGGGAUAUGGCCACGCCUACAUUGGGCCCUUUAAUCCCGCCCUCUGCCAUGCUGCUUCUUUAUUGGCCCAACAUUGGGAAGCGGGGCUUGCAUCUCCUGGCUGCUUAGAUGCUGAUUGGCCAAACCUGCCACCCAUCACUCCUCCCAACAAAGUUCUGUUCACUGUCCUCCGAUUCUUCCGCUGGGCACAUGUUGCUGUCAUCUCAGCUCCGACUGACCUGUGGGAAAGCACUGGACAGGAAGUGGCUUCUGCUCUCCGUGCUAUGGGCCUGCCAAUUGGUCCUGUAGUUACCAUGGAAGCAAAGAACAAGGGUGGAGCACGGGAGGCGCUGAGGGAAAUAAGACAAGCAGACAAGGUCAAAGUGGUCAUCAUGUGCAUGAGCUCCGUUCUGGUUGGUGGAGAGCAUCAGAAAGAGCUCUUGUUGGCUGCCCUGGAUAUGGGGAUGAUCUCUGAUGGUUAUGUGUUUCUUCCCUAUGACGCUUUGCUGUAUGCCAUGCCAUACCAGGACAUAACCUUCCACCAACUGACCAACAGCACCAUGCUUCGGCACGCCUACAGUGCUGUCCUGACCGUUACCAUGGACUCUGACCAGAGUUUUUAUGAAGCUUUCCGUCAGGCUCAGGUCAGCCGAGAAAUUCGCUCAGCCAUCUCUGCAACCGAGGUGUCUCCGAUGUUUGGGAGCAUCUUCAACAUGGUCUACUUUGUUGCUAAGGCGGUAGAGGAGCGUCGCCAGGCAGGAGGCGGGCACUGGGUGACAGGAGAUCAACUUUUCCAGUCAGAUGGAGGCUUUAAUUUCCAGGGCUUUAAUCAGAUGCUGCAUGGAGGUGGAGCUGGACGAGGACUGCAAGCCAGGUAUGUGGUGUUGGACUGCGAGGGUGACCGCCUUGUGCCAACACACACACUUGCACCAACACACACCGAUGGGACUGUCGGCGGUUUGAAACCACUCAGCCGCACCUUCUUCUUCCCUGGAGGAAAACCCCCCAAAGCCAGCUUCUGUUGGUUCAGUCCAGAGGAAGCCUGCAGCGGAGGUGUGGAUCCAGUCAUGAUGUUCUUCCUCUUCCUGUUGGUCUGCGCUUUGACUGCAGCCUUUAUCAUUUGGAUCAGGAAGUACAAGAAAUCCGCCAACGUUACCAAACUGAUCAUGACUCUGGAUGACAUCGUCUUCAUUGACACACAAGUCAGCAGAAAGAAACUGAAUGACGAGUCAAUCAUGAGGAGUCUUCUGGAAAUGAAAACUCCCCUCCGCUCCAUUGCUAGAAGUUACAUUCUAACAACACCUGAGAGCUCCAACAUUGGAAUUUUGGAGGGUGACUGGGUAUGGCUGAAGAAGAUUUCCACUGGAAAAGCAACAACAGCUGUCCAUCAAAACACCCAGAAUCUGUUCAGCCAGUUGCGAGAGAUGCGUCAUGAGAACCUGAACCUUUACCUUGGCCUGUUUAUGGAUUCAGGGAUCUUUGCUCUGGUGGUUGAACACUGUCCCCGAGGAAGUCUGGCAGACCUGCUGGCUGAUGGUGAUGUGAGACUUGACUGGAUGUUCAAGUCCUCUCUGCUCAUGGACCUCAUCAAGGGGAUGAAGUAUCUUCAUCUGCGAGGUUUGACUCACGGCCGUUUGAAGUCCACUAACUGCUUGGUCGAUGGACGUUUUGUCCUGAAAAUCACAGACUAUGGACUCCCCAUGAUCCUUCAGUCUCAGAACAUCAGCCUUCCUGAGGAUCCACAAGAUCUGCUGUGGACAGCUCCAGAACUUCUCAGGAAUCCAGUUCGACCCGGCUCGUUUGCUGGAGAUGUCUUCAGUUUUGCUAUCAUCAUACAGGAAGUAGUCUCACGAGCACUGCCAUACGCCAUGAUGGACAUGCCUGCCCAUGAGAUUGUGGAGCGUCUAAAGGCGCCUCCUCCUCUCUUCAGGCCAGUUGUUUCUGUGGAUGAAGCUCCUGCUGAGUGUCUCAAUCUGAUGAAUGAUUGUUGGAAUGAAGACCCUAGCAAGAGACCAAGCUUUGAUGACAUCUUCAAGCAGUUUCGAGGCAUCGGCAGAGGGAAAAGAGCGAACAUCAUCGACUCCAUGUUGAGGAUGUUGGAGCAAUACAGCUCCAACUUGGAGGAUCUCAUCAGAGAACGUACAGAUGAGCUGGAAGUCGAGAGGAGCAAGACAGACAAGCUGGUUGGACAGCUGCUGCCAAAGUCCGUGGCUCAGGCUCUGAAGAAAGGGAAACCAGUCCAACCUGAACAUUACUCAGACUGCACACUCUAUUUCAGUGACAUAGUUGGAUUUACAACCAUCUCAGCUCUCAGUGAGCCCAUUGAGGUUGUUGACCUGCUGAAUGACCUGUACACCAUGUUUGAUGCCAUCAUUGGUACGCAUGAUGUCUAUAAGGUUGAAACUAUUGGAGAUGCUUACAUGGUGGGUUCAGGUGUUCCCAACAGGAAUGGGAAUCGACACGCAGCUGAGGUGUCAAACAUGUCUCUGGACAUCCUUCAUUCAAUCGGAGCCUUUAAGAUCAAACACAUGCCUGAGAUCAAAGUCAAAAUACGCAUUGGGUUACAUUCAGGCCCUGUGGUAGCCGGUGUGGUUGGCCUUACUAUGCCCAGGUACUGUCUGUUUGGAGACACGGUGACCACAGCCUCGCUCAUGGAAUCCAGCGGCCUGCCCUAUAGGAUCCACAUCAGUCUGAAUACUGUCAAAGUCCUAACCAGUCUCAAAGCGGGGUACCACAUGGAGACAAGGAAGGCACAGGUAAAGGGCACAGAGGACACAUAUUGGCUUAUGGGCCGAGAUGGUUUUGACAAACCACUUCCCACUCCUCCAGACCUCAUUGGAGGGGCCAGUAAUCAUGGCAUCAGUCUUGAUGAGAUUCCAGUUGAGAGACGACAGAAGUUUUUGGACCGACAGAAGCUGAUGAAAAAAUGAAGUCCUUCGUGUUUUUCUCAUUUUUUCAUCCUCCACCUUUACACUACCAUGUUUAAUCUUCACCUGAGCUCAGCAUUCCUACCCAGAGAAUCAAGCCCAAUGCUCAGCAAAAUCUUUGAAUGUGUCAUGUUUUUUUUUACUGUUAAGCUGUUGGUCUUCCAAGUUAGUGGGGUCUGGUUUUCUAAAUAAAUUGAUAUAGACACAACCUAAUCUAUAUGAAGCAAUGUGUGAAAUGGUGAGACACUGAGAGGAAUUUGAGUUACCAUCUCAGCAGAUAGUAUAUUUGUUCCAUUCAGAUUUCAUGUCAUUUAAGGCUUCACAGAUUUCAAGCAUAUUAUUAAAAGUAAAUCUGUUUGUUUUAAUCAGCCACUUUAGAUUGUUCCCUUUGUUGACAUUUAGGCAAUUAAAAGUUUGAUUAAGUUUCAUUUUUUAGAGAAGCUUUAGGAGUAAGAACUGAAAAGAGAGCAAUUUAAAUACAACUGCAUAGAACAUACAGUAGACACAAUAGAGAAAACUCUUGCAAACACUGAGACUAAGAUGAAUAUAAAUAUACAUAUGUACAUAUCAUGAUUGAAUAAUUCUCAUUGAUUAA